CCAUCACACAGCCAGCUAGAACUCUGGGCUUGUUUUCUUUCUCACCUGUUGCUUAUUUCAAACAAUAGCCUUUAAAAAAUGUUAAUAGAACUACCACGCUUUAUCAUGUUUGAUGUUAUCCUAUUUAAAGUAAAACAAAAAGAUCCCUUUUCAAAUAAUAUUGCAAAGCUGUACCUUGUCUAGUUAAAGCUUCCCAAACAGGGUAGCAUGCUUACGCCACCAUCCGCCACGAAGAUAUUUAUAGCAGGGUCUCGUGUUAACACAGCUGCUUUGCUUAUCUGUGUGUGUGCAUGCACUCAUGGCUGUGCCACUCUUAUUUCAGUCUGGCUGUGUGAAUUAGUGAGUGACAGUAGGCCUGUGUGGCUUGUUCUUUUUUCUUUAAAGUAUUUCACAAACCAAAUUUUAUUUGGACGACAACCUUUUUUUUUAUUAUUCAAACGAAGCCUUCACAAGGUCCACAGUGUGACUGUUUCAUUACUGCUCCUAGUUUCUUCACAACACCAAAAGAGCACACCUGGCUGAAUUGUAUUAGUGUGGCCCCUGUCCACAAUGGCACUGUCCUCACGUUUAAAACUGUGGGAGCAGAAGAUCAAAGAUGAGAAGAAGCCACUGCCGGCUACUCAACCUCCCCCUUCUGUUUCUGUUGUACCCGGUGGAUUCCUUAAGCAGCUUGUGAGAGAGACCGAAAAGGAAACUAAGUUGAAAGAACCUGAGCUAAAGGAAGAGAAGGCGCCAAGCAAACUAAGUGAGAACUUGGUCCAGCAAUUUCUGCUUCCAGACGAAACCCCACCCAUCCUGGAGGCAGAGAUGGCCCUCAGGGCAGAGCAAAUGGUUAAUGCUGCCCUGAAGGAAAGGAAAACGUCCUUGCCAAGACAGAGCCUAAGUCCAAAUGCCAUGACUCAGAAAGAUGACUUCAGAGUCAAAACACCUGAGCAAAGUGACCUUAAACAGGAAAACAGUUCCAGCACAUUAAAGUUUUCAGAGGUGUUGGCAGAGAAAAAGAACCUGAAAGAAAAAGCAGAGGUACAGCUGGGUGUAAAAAAGGUUAAGGAAGAGAAGAUAAUAGAAUUGAGACAAGAGCCAGAAGGACAGCUUGCUGAUAUCACCCUAACUGAGGAACCCAAGAAGCCUGUGAGGGAUGUCUGGUAUGAAGCUGAAACAGUGUGGUAUAUGCAUAACAAUGGCUACACCCUUGCUACUCAGUUGAAGCCUGAUGAAGGAACACCUGAGCUCCCUUUUGGGAAAGUGAGGGUUCGACUCCACACAGAUGGCUCUGUACACGAUGUCGCACAGUACGAGAUUGAAAAGCUGAACCCACCAGAGCUGGACUUGUGUGAGGACUUGAGUCAGUUAGUGAGUGUAAAUGAGUCCAGUAUUCUGCACACAUUGACCACCCGAGCUAAAGCCCACAUGGCCCUUACACAUGCUGGACCAAACCUGCUGGCCCUCUGGCCUCCUUUAGCAACAUCUGGAAAGGGGAUGCGAACCCGUCACUGGGACACAUGGGAAGCUCCUGCUCCUCUGCAAGCGCUGGUUCAGACGGUUUAUAUGUCUAUGGUGGGCCAACGGAAGGAUCAAUGUGUAAUGGCUCUGGGUCGCAGCGGCACAGGAAAGACCACAUUGUGCCAGGCUUUUGCCAGGGGACUACUCAAACAUGCUGGCACAACAGGAGAAAGCAUUACCUUGGAGCGUCUCCAGGCCAUGUUCACUGUGCUGCACUCCUUCGGCUGUGUAAGCUCUAAUCACAGUGAAGCCUCCAGCCGAUUUGCCAUGGUACUUUCUCUGGACUUCAACCAUAAAGGCCUUGCUGCUGCAGGACAUCUACAGACUAUGAUGCUGGAGAGGUGGCGGGUUUGCCAUAGCCCCGAGGGAGAGAGCAACUUCUUAAUCUUCUCCCAGAUGCUGGCAGGCCUUAGUACUGAAAUAAGGACAGAGCUACAGCUUCACCAGUUACCAGAGAACAACAUAUUUGGCAUUAGCUGUCCCACAAAGGUGGAUGAGAAGCAGAGGGCUACAGUGGAGUUUGGAAGACUUUUAGCAGCCAUGAACACUCUUGGCUUUUCACCGGAUGAACAGCGAGCCAUAUGGCAUGUGCUGGCUGGAAUAUACCACUUGGGCAUGGCUGGGGCAUGCAAAGUUGGACGAAAGCAGUUUAUGAAUUUUGAGAGUGCUCAGGUUGCCAGUGCUGUACUUGGCUGUGAGGGAGAAGAUCUUCACACUGCCGUAUUCAAACAUCACCUAAUGCAGUUACUGCAGAGGGCCACUAGAGCCACCAGAGAGCGGCACAUAAAAGAGGAACAAGAGGAAGGUCCUAAACUGAGUGCAGCUCAGUGUGUGGAGGGCAUGGCAUCUGGUCUCUAUGAAGAGCUGUUUACCAUUAUUGUCUCUCUUAUUAACAGAGCUUUGUGCUCCCAGCAGCUCACUCUAGGCUCUGUGAUUGUGGUGGACACACCAGGUCUACGCAACCCGAGACACAGCGGGAAAGACAGGGCAGCUGGAUUCUCUGAGUUCUGCCAUAACUACCUACAGGAAAGGCUUCUGGAGCACCAUUUCACAAACACCUUCACGAACUGUCUUGACAGAUACACACAGGAGAGAGUGUCGGUCGAUUUUCAGACCCCCGAGGAGAGUCCUCAAAAAGUGGUGUGUGCUAUAGACCAACCAGGACUGCAGGUUCGAGGGCAAGAAGGUGACUCUCGUGGCCUUCUUUGGGUCCUUGAUGAGGAGCUAGUCACUCCCAAUUCUUCUGAGAACACUGUUCUGGAAAAGAUAUGUCAUAACUUCAGUGAUACAGUGCGUCUGUGUGAACAGCCUCUACAAUGUGAGAUUGCUCAUCUAACGGGCUCUGACCCAAUCCGCUAUGACCUUUCUGGCUGGUUUGGUCUAGUUCAGAAUAACCCCUCUGCCCUCAAUGCCAGCUCCAUCCUGCAGAACUCUACUAUUCAUGUAGUAAAGGGUCUGUUUGCUCCACGGGCCUCAGUUCCUCCUUUGUGUCGGGGUUUGGGGGGUGUCGAAGGAGGCUCACAGCGCUUUCUGGAGAGAAGUGGGAGUGUUCGGAAAACAUUUACAGGAGGAAUGGCUGCUAUCAGGAGAUACUCACACUGCAUCUCUAUUAAACUGCAAGCGGAUGCUCUAAUAAACCUGAUCCGUCGUGCACAGCCAGUUUUCCUACAGUGUCUAAGCGCCAAGGUUGAGGGUGGUUCCUUUGACGUUCCUGCAUUACGCACCCAGCUCCAAUCAACCCACCUACUGCCUUCUCUGCAGCUGUAUCGUCUAGGCUACCCUGAUCAUAUGUCCCUGAGUGAUUUCCGCUGCCACUUUCAGGCAUUGUCUCCUCCUGUAAUGAAACGCUACGGCUCUGUAUUUAUCACUCCAAAUGAGAGACAGGCGGUUGAGGAAUUAUUGAUCGAAUUAGAUAUGGAUAAGAAGAGUAUUGUUUUGGGAACAAACAAGGUGUUUUUAAAAUGUGGCGUGUUGAGAUCGCUGAAUGUGCAAAGAGAUGGCUUGGUCAACAACUGGCUGGUGCAGAUGCAGGCUGCAUGUUUUGGGCAUUUGGCACGGCAGAGAUACAGACACUUGAAGGUCCAGCAGAUGGCUGUGAGAUGUAUCCAGCGCAAUCUCCGUGUUUUAGACAGAGUCUCCACCUGGAGUUGGUGGAAAGUGCUGUGUAAAGUGCGCCCCCUGCUGGACGUCAAUAUAGACGAACACAAGGUCCGGGCCAAAGAGGAUGAGAUUGCAAUACUGAGGAGGCGUCUUGAGAAGUCUGAGAAGGAACGGAAUGAACUUAGACAGACUGCAGACAACCUGGAGACCAAGAUAACGGCUGUUGUAUCUGAGCUGAGUGAUGAGAGGUUUCGAGGAGAGGCUGUGAGUCAGGCCUUAGACACAGAGAGAACAGAGAGACUUCGUCUCAUCAAAGAAAACAAGGAGUUACAGGAUCGUUUGGAUCAGAGUAAAGUCACUGUAGAGGCAUUAGAAAAGGAGCUGGCUGAGGAGACGCAGAGAGCCAACAGCAAAGAGACUCUAAGCGGCAUGGCACCUACAGAGGGUGAACUACAGCUGCAGCUGGAUUGCGCACAGACAGAAGUGGAGUUUCUACGAAGACGUUUGCGUCAGACAGAUGAGAGGUUUGAAGCUGAAAAAGAGGCACGGGUACUUUUGGACACCAAGGUUUUGGAACUGCAAACCCAAGUGGAACAGUCAAAGCGGACAAUCACAGAGCUGAAGCGGCACUGCAGGCACGUGACUUCUGACCUGCAAGAUGCCCGUGUGAUUAUGGACAGCUUGCAGGCGCGCGCUCAUGACCUGGAAAGGAAGCAGAGGAGGUUUGACAGUGAGCUAACCCGGGCUCUUGAGGAAGCAGAUAAUGAGAGAGAGCAAAAGGACAAGGCUAUCCAGGAGAGUAUUGCUCUGGGGGCAGAUAUUGUUUCUCUGCAUCGGACUCUAAAGGUGAGUCAGUUGGAGAUAGAACACUUGCAGGAACAAAAACAAGAGUUGUGUGCCCAGAUCCGAGACCUGACUGUGCCCCUGAACCUUGGCUCUGACUCAGUGCCUGAGCUGAAAAAACAACUACGUGAAUUUGACAGCAGAGAUAAGGAACGUGCUCAGGAGCUAGCCAAUAUGAAAGCCAAAAUUCAGCAGCAGGAACAGAUACAUCUGCGCUUUGAGAUGGAGAUGGAAAGAAUGAAGCAGAUCCAUCAAAAGGAGCUUGAGGACAAAGAUGAGGAGUUGGAGGAUGUGCAGAAGUCUUCACAGAGACGGCUAAGACAGUUAGAGAUGCAGCUAGAACAAGAGUAUGAGGAAAAGCAAAUGGUGGUGCAUGAGAAACAUGACUUGGAAGGACUGAUUGCAACUCUGUGUGAGCAAGUGGGCCACAGGGAUUUUGAUGUAGAGAAGCGACUCCGGCGAGAUCUUAAGCGUACCCAUGCUCUGCUUAGUGAUGCCCAGCUGCUACUGUCCACUAUAGAGCAAACCGGGCAGUGCCAGGUACCAGGAACCAAGGAGCAAUUGGAGAGACUGCACUAUCAGCUUGAGGAGAGUGAGGCACGACGUUUAGAGGCCGAGAGUGUGCAGAAAACUCUUUCCAUGGAGCUGGAGAAUGCACAGCUUGAGCUGGAAAACAUAUGCAAACAGAAGAGCUUGGUGGAUGAACAGUUAACUCAGCUGCAAUAUGAGAAGACUGACUUCCUAAAGAGGCUGGAGGAAGACCAAGAGGAUCUCAAUGAGCUUAUGAAAAAACACAAAGCCCUUAUUGCUCAGUCUUCUAGUGACAUCACUCAAAUACGGGAGUUGCAGGCAGAGUUGGAAGAAGUAAAGAAGGAAAGACAGAGUCUACAGGAGCAGCUGCAAACCAGUGCAGUGCACUUACAGUUCCUGGAGUCUUCAACAGUGUCCCGAAGUAUUGUGAGCAAGCAAGAGGCACGUGUAUGUGACUUGGAGAACAAGCUGGAGUUCCAGAGAGGCCAGGUCAAGAGAUUUGAGGUUCUAGUUCUGCGUCUGAGGGACAGCGUGGUGAGGAUGGGUGAGGAGCUGGAGCAGUCUGCUCAGGCUGAGGCAAGAGAGCGAGAGAACUCACAUUACUACCAGCAGAGGCUAGAAGACAUGAAACUAGAGAUGGAGGAUCUAAGCCUUAGAGAGCAGGAGAGCAGCCGUCGGCGCAUGGAGCUGGAAAUGCAAGUAGAGGAGCUCAGUGCAGUGAGCCAGACUCUACAAGCUGACCUGGAGACAUCAAUCCGGCGUAUCGCUGAUCUACAGGCUGCCCUGGAGGAGGAGGAGUCAAGUGAUGAAAGUGACACAGAAAGUGUACAGACUGCUGUGGAGUCCUUCUCUAGAAGAAGAGAAAUCACCUGCACAUACAGCAGUCUCUCCUGGGACAAUGCAUCCAGUGUAGGCUCCAGCAUUGGUACAGAGGACACUGCUAAGGGCAUUCAGCACUGGCUGGGGGUGCCACGUGGGGGUCAUAAGGUUUGCGGAAGUCGAGGUUCUUCAUAUGCUGGAAGCACCACUGGCAGACAGUCAGUUACAGACAAAAUGAGCACCUACAGCUUCAGAUCAUGUUCUCAGGAACUGGAGGAUGACGUUACUGAAAGCGCUAGAAUUCUGCCUAGGGCGUCAUCCUCAACAGCAUUAUCUGAACUACUGGAGGGCUUACGGAAAAAGCGGGCUGGGUGGGAUAAAAGUUCAGAGGUGAAUGAAGGCAGUACAGUAUCACUACCUAUUUACCAGCCCACAGCAGCCUCCAGCCUGCGUCGCCGAGCCAUCAAUCUGUCCCAAGACACAAGUGAGAGCAUGGAGGAAACAGUGCGUCCUGGCAUCCUGAAAGUUCCCAGCCCUUUGCUGCCACGUGCUUCUAGCCUGCGUUCCCUGUCCGAAUCCACAACAUCCACCUCCUCAUCCACAUCCACUAUGAGCAAGGCAAAUCGCUUUGGCUCGUGUGAUUUAGUUACAGCUCAGCCAUCAUCCUUGCAAAUCUCCAACCUCUCUAUCCCAGAGGAAAGGGAUGAGGUUCCAGGUGCCUCACCUGGCCAUGGCACUCAUCCACAAGUCCGCAACAGGCUGUUUAUGGCUUUGACUAGUGAAAGUGGUGAAGAGGCAAUGCUUGGGUCAGAGCCACUUGUCUUUCAGAAUCGGCAUCUACUAGGAAAUCCUGAAACAGACAAAGAAAGCAAUUGUGGGGACACCAACUCUGACAUUGUCCCAGCCAUUCGUAGAUCACAGUCUGUAAGCAGCAUAGCAAGUAGCAGCUCCAGAGGGGGUCAGCGUCGCACCCUAAGUGUUCACUUUGGAGAGCUGCCACCCUCCAGGUCACUGUGCAAGGAUUCCGAUUCAGACUCUUCUGAUUCCGAAGGCUCUCAGCACCGAAUAGGACCACAAGAAAAAAGGCUGGAAGCUGAAGGAAGCGAAGGAGAUAUAAAUUCAGUGAUGAAAAAGUAUCUGAGGAAAGCUGAGGUUGACUAAAAUGUAAGAAAUUGGGUGAAAACUGUUCAUGGUUUUGUUACAAAUUUAAAGAGGCAGUGUAUAGUCACAAAUCUACCUUUUAAAACAAUUUCUUUGACUAGAUAAUGAACGAAAAUGUUCAACAUUUUUUAGCUACCCCAAAUGCAAAUCAACCACAUUAUUGAAGGUGAAAACAUUCUGCAUUUUCAAAACCAUACACAUGAAUAAAGGAUUUGAAUGAGAAA